AUGGAACUUUCAGUUGCCAAGGAUGGAAGUAAUAAUCGAGACCUUGAAAAUACGUUUAUGCCUUGUGUGAGUAACUAUAAAGAUAACAUCUUUGAUGUGGAAGCACCAUUGGUUGGACAAACUACUGCAUCAAAUAUAAGGGAAAACGAGGACAGAACUGGGUUUACAAGUCCCAAUGAUGUGCAGAUCGUGCAAAGUGAAUGCGUGGAUUUGACAGAGGUUUCGAGUUCUUUUGGUUACACAACUUCAGGGGCAGAGAAUGGUUAUAUGUCCGAUGGUGAUGAAGUUCAGUCGCUGUUCCAUGGAAAUAAGCUCGCUUCAUUCUAUGAUGGAUAUUUUGGUGAAUUUGAAACAAGGAAGAAAAGGUUGACCACUCAUUGGGAUAAGUUUGUACGUCCUUUUGUGUGGCGCUUGAAAUGGUUAGAAUUGAAGAUUAAGGAACUUCAGUCUCAGGACCGAAAAUAUGAUUCACAGCUUGCAAAGUAUCCCCAAAUACAGCAGUCUGACUUUGGCGCAAUGUCAGCUCCAAAGUUAAUGAAAAGGAAGAAAAGAAAGAGAGUUGAACGUACUACCAAUAUGGUGUCUUAUGUGUCACACCACAAUCUGUUCUCCUAUGGUAUGAAUAGGUUCUCCAACCACUGUGUCUCGGCUUUGCUUGCUCCAGUUUCGAAUAAGGAUUGA